AUGGCAUUUUCUCUGAGAGAUAAUCCCAGAGCCCUUAACCUUUGGGAUUCGGAGACCCCGGCCCUGUCUACAUGCAGUAAUGCAGACAUCUUUCGCAGGAUGAAUACCAUGCUGGGUAACUCUCUGGACCUCACCGGGGUGUGCACCACUCCCAGUGCCAAGACCAAACGGGAUUCCUUGAUUGAGCGUGCGGACUCUGAUCUGUGCGCCGUCCGGAGCAGGAUGCUUUUUCCCAGCAAUGGGCAGGAGUCAUCUCGUGCUCUGCCUGAUGUCACUGAGCUGGGCCUGGGCCUGCAGUCCCUCAGCUUAUCUGGUUGGGAGAGGCCAUGGAGCAGCCAUGACUCGGAAUCAUCUGCCCCAAACAGCAAUCCCUCAAUGCUUGGGAUGUUGGGAAGUCCUCUGGACCAACUCCUGAACAAGCCUCAGGGCUUAAUCAUGAACGAGCCCAAUUCAGGAGCUUCAGACUUCCUCGAGAAGUUUCCAGCCUUGGCACGCAUGAACUCGCGUUCACUGCUGGGUUCCCAUUCCAGCAGCCCUGUGGACUCGGAGACCAGUGGCUUCAGCUCUGGCUCUGAUCAUCUUUCUGAUCUGCUGUCCUCUUUGAGGAUCUCCUCCUCUAUGCCCUUCAUGCCAAGCAUGCAGAAAGACCCAUUAAAGCUGAGUCUUGGCUCCCGUCUGGACCAUGACAGCUCUCCCUUGACACCUCCACCCAGUGCUCCCCCAGGCAGCAGUGUGUCCCGCCGCUGGCCUGGAGCCUCAGUCUGGCCCAACUGGGACCUGCUUGAGACCCCAGAUGGCCCGUUCAGCAUUGAGAGGGAGGCUCGCCUUCACAGACAAGCUGCAGCAAUUAAUGAAGCCACCUUCACCUGGAGUGGCCAGCUUCCAUCAAGAAACUACAAAAACCCUGUGUACUCCUGUAAGGUCUUCCUGGGAGGAGUUCCUUGGGAUAUUACUGAGGCUGGCUUGAUUAACACUUUUAACUGUUAUGGCCCGCUGAGUGUGGAAUGGCCUGGUAAGGAUGGCAAGCAUCCCCGCUGCCCUCCUAAAGGUAAUAUGCCCAAAGGUUAUGUGUACCUGGUAUUUGAGUCGGAGAAAUCUGUGCGUGCGCUGCUGCAGGCCUGCACUCAGGAUCUGCUUCAUCCUGAGGGCUACAGUGAAUAUUACUUCAAAAUGUCCAGCAGGAGGAUGCGCUGUAAGGAUGUGCAGGUGAUCCCAUGGGUGAUCUCAGACAGUAAUUAUGUUCGCUGCCCUUCUCAGAGGCUAGACCCCAGUAACACGGUGUUUGUAGGAGCUCUGCAUGGUAUGCUCAAUGCUGAGGCCCUGGCCAGCAUUAUGAACGACCUGUUUGGAGGAGUCAUGUAUGCUGGAAUUGACACGGACAAGCACAAGUACCCAAUCGGGUCUGGUCGUGUAACCUUUAACAAUCAGCGCAGUUACCUGAAGGCUGUUAGUGCUGCAUUUGUUGAAAUCAAGACCCCCAAAUUUACCAAAAAGGUCCAGAUCGACCCUUAUCUGGAGGAUUCCAUGUGUCAGGUGUGCAGCCGUCAACCUGGACCCUUUUUCUGCAGAGACCAGGCUUGCUUCAAGUAUUACUGUCGCUCAUGCUGGCACUGGCAGCAUUCCAUGGACAUCCUGAGCAACCAUCGCCCUCUAAUGCGCAACCAGAAGAAUAGGGACUCUAGCUAA